AUGGCGGACGAGGGCGGCGACGAGAAGAAGCAGGUGGCCAAGUUCGAGCUGGAGCGGGAGACGGAGCUGCGCUUCGAGGUGGAGGCGGCGCAGACGGCGCAGCUGGAGCUGCUCUCCGGCAUGGCCGAGGUGUUCGGCACCGAGCUCACGCGCAACAAGAAGUUCACGUUCGACGCGGGCGCCAAGGUGGCCGUGUUCACGUGGCACGGCUGCUCCGUGCAGCUCAGCGGGCGCACCGAGGUGGCCUACGUCUCCAAGGACACCCCCAUGCUGCUCUACCUCAACACGCACACGGCCCUGGAGCAGAUGCGGCGGCAGGCGGAGCGCGACGACGAGCGCGGGCCCCGCGUCAUGGUGGUGGGGCCCACGGACGUGGGCAAGACCACCGUGUGCCGCCUGCUGCUCAACUACGCGGUGCGCCUGGGCCGCCGGCCCACCUUCGUGGAGCUCGACGUGGGCCAGGGCUCCGUCUCCAUCCCCGGCACCAUGGGCGCGCUCUACAUCGAGCGCCCGGCCGACGUCGAGGAGGGCUUCUCCCUGCAGGCGCCCCUCGUCUACCACUUCGGCUCCACCACGCCCGGCACCAACAUCAAGCUCUACAACAAGAUCACGUCGCGCCUGGCCGACGUGUUCAACCAGCGGUGCGAGGUGAACCGGCGCGCGUCCGUGAGCGGCUGCGUCAUCAACACGUGCGGCUGGGUGAAGGGCUCGGGCUACCAGGCGCUCGUGCACGCCGCCUCCGCCUUCGAGGUGGACGUCGUGGUGGUGCUCGACCAGGAGCGCCUCUACAACGAGCUCAAGCGCGACCUGCCGCACUUUGUGCGCACCGUGCUGCUCCCCAAGUCUGGCGGCGUGGUGGAGCGCUCCAAGGACUUCCGCCGGGAAUGCCGGGACGAGCGCAUCCGCGAGUACUUCUACGGCUUCCGCGGCUGCUUCUACCCGCACGCCUUCGACGUCAAGUUCUCCGACGUGAAGAUCUACAAGGUGGGCGCCCCCACCAUCCCGGACUCGUGCCUGCCGCUGGGCAUGUCGCAGGAGGACAACCAGCUGAAGCUGGUGCCGGUGACGCCGGGCCGCGACAUGGUGCACCACCUGCUCAGCGUGAGCACGGCCGAGGGCGCCGACGAGAGCGUCUCCGAGAGCAGCGUGGCCGGCUUCAUCGUGGUCACCGGCGUGGACCUGGAGCGCCAGGUGUUCACCGUGCUCUCGCCCGCGCCGCGGCCGCUGCCCAAGAGCUUCCUGCUCAUCAUGGACAUCCGCUUCAUGGACCUCAAGUAGGAGCGGGCAGCCGUGCCGCUCGGGCCCCUUGGGGCCGCCCCUCCCGUUUCCCAGUAAAGCUCGUGGAUU